AUGCUCUCUUUCAUCAACGCCGGCCUCGCGCUCCGCUCCUCGGGCUACCCACUCCACCCGCCGCCGCCGGUUCGCACCACCGCGGUUCGACCGGCCCCGGCCGCCGUCGAACAGGCGGCAGCACUCGCCUCCAUCUCGGCCGCCGCACUCGGUGGCGCAGCAAUCUCCGAGACCCUCACGCCCAGCAGCUUUGACAUGCUGGCCUCGGCGGGGCUCUUCAACGAAGACGUCCUCUACACGGACUGGAUGAUGGACAAGAUCGACGCGCUCUCGCCCGCAUGCUGGCUGGUUGCGGCCGCACUCGUCGCCGGCAACUUUGCGGCGCCUCUCAUGGUCGCCAAGCCCGGGUCGCCAUCGCCGUGGCGCAAGGCGUCGCCCGCCGCGGGCGAGGCCACGCCGGACCCGCUCGAGGAGGCCUGGGCCUGCGUGCGCGACGAGGUCCAGGGCUUCGUCUGCGGCGCCACCUCCUUUGACAGCUCCGAGGACGGCGACGGUCUGAUCUGCAUCGACGUCGACGGACGCUGGGUCUGCGCAUGA